UCGUCAAACUCUUCUUCGUCAUCAAGCUCAAGUUCGAGUACGACAUCUUCGAGCUCAGAUUCAGAAUCAGCCAAAUCGACAAACUUACCUGAAACCCCAAACCAAACAAAUACACAGUUGCUUGAUGCCCAGGAACCACCUCCGAUCGUGCAACAAAUCGCUACUCAAGACUCUAACAAUGAAUUAAAUACGGAGAUGAGAUAUCAGUUUGAAUGUGAAUUUCAAAAUACACCUGUUGCGACUAAAGCUAAAAAGAAAGCCCGAAAUCCUGCUGCCUGGAAGCAAAAUAAACGUAAAGCUCUUAAGAAUACUGGCCAAGAACAUACUAAUUCUUCAGGAAAAGUUAUUCCAGCCAAAAAAAUGGGACCGCCUUGUACUGAAAAAUGUUUAUUCAGCUGUUCGAAAAGAAUUUCUAUUGAAGAUCGACAAAAGCUUUUCGCAGGAUAUUGGGAACUAGGCUGUCUGACGAGGCAGCGAGAUUAUAUUGCUUCGUGUAUUACCACGCUCGCAUCUGACUACCGACGACUAAAAACCAACCCUAAAUUUGCAAGAAAACCUAAUAGCUGUUUUCAUUUACCUAUAAAUGGUGAUAAGGUUCGUGUGUGUAAAACGUUUUUAUUAAGUACUUUGGCCAUUACUCCUAGAUAUUUACGCCACAUCAUUGACAAAAGAACAGCAACAGGAACCGUUCCACCCGAUAGAAGAGGUACACUUACCAAAAAGAGAAUAGAUACUGAAAUCCAUGAAUCCGUACGGUCACAUAUAAACUCCAUACCAAGAAUAGAAAGCCACUAUCUAAGAGCCCAAACAACCCGCCAAUACAUAGAUGGACAGUACACCGUUGCUGAACUACAUCGUUUAUAUUGUGAAGACCGAAAAGCAAAUGACAAACCUUGUGCAUCCUAUGAUUUUUAUAACAGAGUCUUCAACCACGAAUUCAAUUUAUCUUUUUUUACUCCUAAGAAAGAUCAAUGUGACCAGUGCGUCUCUUAUCAUAAUUUAUCCAAGCCCGAACAAUGGAAAAAAGAAGUUGAGUAUAAGCUCCAUUUGAAAGAAAAAACACUAAGCCGAGAAGAAAAAGACGCAGAUAUGAAACUAUUAAAAGAACUGGGACACAACAAUUUAAUUGUUGCAAUAUAUGAUUUACAGGCUGUAUUGCCAGUACCUAUUGGGAACUCAAGUGCUUUCUUCUAUAAAUCUAAAUUGAACUGCUAUAAUUUUACAGUGACAGAUUUCAAGGAGAAAAAGACUUCCUGUUUCUUUUGGCAUGAAGGCUUAGGCAACCGUGGAGUUAAUGAAAUUGGCUCAUGCGUUUACAUUUUUCUGGAAGAAUUAGCUCAGAAACAUCCAAAUUGUGACGUAAUAUUCUACUCAGAUAAUUGUUGUGGACAACAAAAAAACAAGUAAGUGUAGCUUAAAUUUGGUAUAUUU